AUGUCAAAGGCUGAUGCUGGUCCAAGUCUCCAGGGGGUAAGAGUAGAACCUCGAUACUCCUACGACAAAAAUAGAAGUAAAAGUAGAAGUGUGGAUUUCGUGUAUGUAAACUCAGCGUACGUUGGAAGUGUGAAUGAUGUGAACCAAAGUCGAUUGGAGCCUCCUCCUACUACGGUGAUCAGAGAGCAGUACUGGGCAUGUUCCAAGUGGCCGAUGGGUCAACGUAUCCUGGCCAUCACUGUGGGCGUUCUUCUUGGAACCGUCAUCGGUCUUACCAUCCUCGUGGUAAUCAGGGGCGAUGAUGACAACUUUCCCGACAUCUUGAGGAGAGUACCAGUAGAAGACUGA